GGGUUAAUGGGACUGGCCUCCAGGGCAGCCGUCUCUCAGCAUAUAAAGCAUCAGCUCUUACUACUACGGCAAACAGCCGAUACACGAGGCUUGAGAAGAGCCAGGCACUUGGUGCGCUUUUACGCAUGAAUAGGAGGGCCUCUUGGUUUUUACGCACCGCAAACAGUCGAGUUAUUUUGGUCAUGACUCUCUCCAGUGAAUUUGAAGUUUCACAACAGGCCGCCUUGCCUCUGGAGGAGGAUGAGAUUGAUAUCGUGGGCGAGGAUGAGUCUACCAGGGUUUAUCGAAAUGACUGCUCUACGGACCCGGGCUCCUCAGCAGAAUCAGGUGCUGAAUUUGACUCUUCGGAGCCUGACUCCUCGGGAGAGAGCGAGAACAGCUUCUGUGCAGACGCACCGCCAUCCAGGAAAGCCCAGAGCAGUUCGGUAAAGCCUCCCUACUCCUACAUUGCCCUCAUCACCAUGGCCAUCCUGCAGAGCCCGCUGAAGAAGCUGACGUUGAGUGGCAUCUGUGAUUUCAUCAGCAACAAGUUUCCCUACUACAAAGACAAGUUCCCUGCUUGGCAGAACUCCAUCAGGCACAAUCUCUCUCUCAACGACUGUUUCAUCAAGAUCCCGAGGGAGCCUGGGAACCCAGGCAAAGGUAACUACUGGUCUCUGGAUCCCGCUUCAGAGGACAUGUUCGACAACGGCAGCUUCCUCCGACGCAGGAAGCGGUUCAAGAGAAACCAGCCCGAGUUUGGAAAAGACGGACUUAUGUUUUAUUCAAACUUGAACUGCUACCGGCCGUAUGGGCAACCAUACUCUGUGCGGGGCCAGGUAAGCCCCCCUCCCUCUGCUCCUAUCCGGUACAUGCCCCUGCAGGAGGGGAUCAUGAUGCCCCCCUCUUCCUAUCACCUUCUACCACAAACUCUGAACAGUCACGGGAAGUGCAGUGAGCCUAAAGACUUCAGAGCGCAACUUUGCACAACAGAGCCCACUGAUCCAAAGCCUGGACCACAGGCAAAGUGUUCCUUUAGCAUCGAGAGCAUCAUGAGCAAACCUUCUCCCACCAGUCCACAAAACCCAAAUCUCCAGCAGAGCCCACACAGUGCCCUCGGGUACGCUCAUCUCAUGUCUGGCCCUGCUGCCUGUUUGGUUCCGACACUCCUGCAGACUCCCAGGACUCCGUUCUGCCCUCCUGCCAUGCUGAGCACUGCUCCUUUAAUAAAUGAGCAUCUCAGACUGUCAUACCCUCGCUGCUGA